AUGUAUGUACUUAAUGGACGAGGAAGAGCAUAUGAUACUUUUGUAAUCUCUGCACAGAAUCGUGAAACUCCAUAUACUUUUGAUGAAUUAAAAGCUAGAUUGUUAACACGUGAACAGUGGCUAGGUGCUCAAAAUCAGGAUUAUGGUAGUAUUCUUGAUAAUCCUUCAACUUUUUAUGGGAGAAAUUUUACUACUGAUGGUGCUGGCUCUACAAGUUCAAGUGCAUAUGCUUCAGAUGGUGGUUCUACUAGUAGACCUUUUGUGGAUUUUUCUACAGCUGAAUGUCAGAUAUGUCGAAAGACGGGACAUUAUGCAACUAGAUAUUUCUUCAGGUAUCAUCCAUCACCUAGUUCUGAGUCUAAGUCUACUGCAAAUGUGGCUCAAGUUGAAACAGCUUAUAGUAGUAUGACAAUUAAUUCAGCUGACUUAUGUGAUGAUCCUUCUGGUGGCUCUACCUCAACUACUUGCAUUUCUAAUUCUGGUGCCUCAAGACACAUGACUGGUGACAAGGAUCUACUUCAGGAUACUUCUAACUAUCAUGGGAAGGACAAGAUCAUUUUUGGUAAUGGUAAGACUUUACAAAUCUCUCAAACUGUCUCUUCUAUUUUACACACACCUGAAGCUAGUUUUGAACUUAAACAUGCCAUACUAGUACCCGAGAUUAAACAAAAUCUGUUAUCAGUUGCACAAUUUACUAAGGAUAAUUUUUUCUACUUUGAUUUUGAUCCAUGGAGUUUUGAGAUUGGAUACCUUAGUUCACAUGCUCUUUUGGCUAAAGGAAAAAUGGUUAACAAUUUGUAUCCUGUCUCACAUAUUUCUGUCAACAAAAAUGCUUUGUUCACAUCUUAUUCAUCUACUAUUUCUUAUUCUUCUUUGUGA